AUGAUGAAGUUUCUUAGAAAUCUGUACACAGUUGUGUGCUCCGACGAAUAUCCUUCAAUCGCCUGGAACGAGGAGGGAAACGGCUUUAUGAUACUGGACAAGGCUGAGUUUAUGAGAACAACUUUUCCGAAGCUGUGCAAGUCAGAUGAAUACGGCACGUUCAUCCGGCAGCUCAACAACUACGGAUUUUCGAAAGAAAAAAGGCUGGGGCUAGACGAGUUUGUAAACUCGAAGUUCAUCAGAGGAUCCCCGCACCUCCUGGAGUAUCUCAAGAGAAAGACGCUUCUUCCAGCAGAAAAAAGCUCCGAUUUGUUCGACUUGAAAACAAGCCAAGCACACUUACACAGCAACAUGGGUGCGAUCAAUGAAAUAAAUAGGAAGUUAGCUAAUGAAGUGUACAUUCUUAAAAAAAAGGUAGACCAGCAGGACAGAACGAUAAACGAGCUUGUUAGAGCAUUUAUUAGAAUAUUUAACAAACAGGAUGCCAAAAAAGAAACCCUCCAGAUAGAAGACAACAGCGAAAUAAAAAACAUACUGACGGACAUGCCGCCUGCUGACGUAGAAGAUAUCAGCAUAGACGAGUUUCUAAAUAACGAAUUCGACCAAAUCUAG